UCCAUAGAGGGAGGUUUAUGCAACCCGUGUUGCUGCUAGCGCUCCAUUUCUAUCGCGAGACGCGUGUUCAGUCGACUUUCAAACGAGACCAUGUUGUGACCUUCGUUCAAUCAUCCUUCCUUUAACGAUCCAACGCCACGGGAUUAAAAGAAAUACCUGAUAUUUAUCGAACAAGUAAAAUCGCGAGAGGAUCGUGGGUCGCGCAACAGAUGUGACGCCGCGAGACACGUUCUUUAUAUUUAGUUGCCCACGAUUUCCUCGGUUGUUCCUUCGUAAAGCACACACAUACACACACGCUGUAUGUGUAUACGUGUACACGUUCGUCGGUUCAACGAUCGACCGCGACUGUGUACUCCGACAGUGACGUAAUAUGGCGCGAACGAAAGUGUACCAGGGACGUCAGUGACAUAGAGUUUUACCUCGAUAGGAAUUGUUGAAUUUUUAAACGUUCGCCCCAUAGAUAAGAGCCUUGAACAACUAUCCACGGUGUCUCGUUCCUAUUUGCGUCCUUCCGCGGAGCUAUUCUUUGUUCCCCCACAGUGACUCGUAGUGGCUCGUGUGUAAAAGCAAGUGCAGGAAAGAAGGAAAAGCAACGUGAAUCGUAUUUACCGACAUAUCCGGUCCUUUUUAAUCGACCCUCUACCUGCGGAACUUAAGGACAUCAGGUAGUGACGCGUCGAGCGUGGAGCAGGGAAGAGAAGCGCAGGAAGAAUUCCUUUGUCCUCGAAGGUUCAGCCUGGAAGAAGGCGGACGCGGAGAACGGAGCAGCGAAGAGAAGGGAUAGAAGGAAGCAGCACAGCACGCGGUCGAGUUUCUACCUCGUCCAGCCGUGUUAUACCUGGCCGAGUGUAAGAUCGAGAUAAAGAGAGACGAGAAGUUAGCCGCGAAGAAGACGGACGAAGAAAACGAGCCUCGUGGCAUCGGUGAACGUCCGUCAGCGAGUUGCCAACGCCAUAGGGCAACAACCAAGCCGUGAAUACAGCGUGCCGUGUCGUUAACCAAGGUCAGAUCGGGCCACGUUUCACACGCUGGCUUCAGCUGCAUCUACGAACGAUCCGCGGAAGAAAUUUUCAAACCGUUACCAUCCACGUGCGCGUUAUGCUCGUUGAUUAACAACGGCUGUCCAAUUCGCAUUCAGUUAUUGCCCGAGUGUUUCGUAUUUCGUGAUUGAGGAUGCCACGAGCAAGAUUACCGGAUGCCAUGUUGCUGCUUGUCAGAGCAGCUGUUCUCGCAGCUGUCUUGGGACAGUUCCUGGGACCCAGCCAUGCAAGCAGACCCGCCGGUGCUCAUCCUGGCCACGCGUACUUCGAGCAACCUUGCUGCGGACGAUCCCACCUCAGGCAUCACAAAGAACACGUGAGGGAAUUCAGCUGCGGAAUGCUGUACUACAGAACGCUCUAUCUGGACAGCAAGAGGGAUGCUCUAUACGUUGGUGCCAUGGACAAGGUGUUCAGGUUGAAUCUCAGCAACAUCAGUCACUCAAACUGCGAGAGAGACGCGCUCAACUUGGAGCCCAGCAACGUGGCCAAUUGUGUGUCCAAAGGGAAAUCAGAGCACUUCGACUGUCGGAAUCACAUAAGGGUGAUCCAGCCGAUGGGGGAUGGCAAUCGACUCUACAUGUGCGGCACGAACGCUCACUCGCCCAAGGAUUGGGUGAUUUAUAGCAAUUUGACCCACUUACCCCGUCACGAGUUCGUCCCCGGCGUUGGAAUGGGCAUAGCAAAGUGCCCUUACGAUCCAGCGGACAAUUCGACAGCGGUCUGGGUGGAAAAGGGCAAUCCUGGGGACCUGCCAGCUCUUUAUUCCGGCACCAAUGCCGAAUUCACGAAAGCCGAUACCGUAAUCUUUCGUACGGACCUCUACAAUUUAACCACCGGUCGCAAGGCCUUCAGCUUUAAGAGGACGUUGAAGUACGACUCGAAAUGGCUGGACAAACCAAAUUUCGUGGGAUCUUACGAUAUCGGCAGUCACGUGUUCUUUUUCUUCCGCGAGACAGCAGUGGAAUACAUAAAUUGCGGCAAAAGUGUGUAUUCCCGUGUGGCGAGAGUUUGUAAACGGGAUACCGGUGGCAAGAACAUUCUGUCGCAGAAUUGGUCGACUUACCUGAAGGCCAGGUUGAAUUGUUCGAUCCCUGGUGAAUUUCCGUUCUAUUUCAACGAAAUACAGAGUAUUUACAAAGUACCCGGCGACGAUACUCACUUCUAUGGCACCUUCACCACUUCGACGAACGGUCUGAUGGGUUCAGCGAUCUGUUCGUUCCAUAUCGACGCGAUUCAAGAGGCGUUCCGUGGAAAAUUCAAAGAGCAGGCGACGAGUAGUAGCGCCUGGCUCCCUGUGUUAUCCAACAAAGUUCCUGACCCGCGACCCGGACAAUGCGUGAACGACACCGAAACCUUCCCAGACACUGUGUUAAACUUUAUCCGAUCUCAUCCUCUGAUGGACUCGGCGAUCUCGCACGAGAACGAGAAACCAGUGUUUUACAAACGGGACGUGAUGCUCACGCGACUGGUCGUGGACAAACUGCGAAUCGAUUUUGUGGGCGCCGAUCUGGAUUACACCGUCUACUAUGCUGGAUCCAGUGACGGACGGGUACACAAAGUUGUUCAAUGGAUAGACAACAAUGGGGAGUCACACUCUAUUCUGUUGGACGUUUUUGACGUGACCCCAGGCGAGCCGAUUCAGGCGAUGGAGAUCUCGAAGGAGCACAAGGCUCUUUACGUCGCGUCUGAUCAUCGAAUAAAACAGAUCGACCUGGUGAUGUGCACUCGCAGAUACGAUAACUGUCUACGUUGCGUUCAUGAUCCUUACUGCGGCUGGGAUAAAGACACCAACACCUGCAAACCUUACGAACCUGGCCUUCUUCAGGACGUAUCGAAUAACACGGCUGACGUUUGCGACAGUAGUGUAGGUAAGAGGAAGCUGGUAGUCACCUGGGGCCAGUCGGUGCAUUUGGGUUGCUUCGUGAAGAUGCCGGAAGUACUGGCAAAUCAGGAAGUCAGAUGGUACCACUACAGUAAGGAGAAAGGCAGGUAUCAGAUAGCUUACAAGUACGGAGCCGGAGGGGACAAAUUCAUCGAGACGUCCGAGAAGGGCCUGGUGAUCGUGGGCGUGAACGAACAAGAUGCCGGUAGAUACGAUUGUUGGCUAGGUGGUUCUCUCCUUUGCUCGUACAACAUCACCGUGGACGCGCACAGAUGUUCCGCACCCGCCAAAUCCAAUGAUUACCAGAAGAUCUACUCGGAUUGGUGCCACGAAUUCGAGAAAUACAAGUCUGCCAUGAAGAGCUGGGAAAGAAAACAAGCGCAAUGCGCCUCGAGGCAGAACGACAGCAAUCAAAAUCUGCACGCGAACGAGGUGUACGGUACUCCUCUGGUCUGAUGGAGUCGUUCGUUGGAGCCGUCGUCGAGCCGAGACCCCGACACGAUGCCACAUGCGAGCGUCCUGCCGAAGAAUCGCGGUCCAUCCACGAUCAGUUGGACGAGCCUCACUCUCCUUCUGACCGGUUACACCACUGCCUUUGUCCUUCUUGCUGCCGGCGAGUUCUCGCUCGAUUGAGAUCCACGUCCGUACCAAGAACCGGCAAACGGAACGUCCAAAAACGCGAUCGGUCGUUCGGUCGACUCGAUCGUUCGAACCAGCUUCGUCCUGAUUGGUCUGAUCUUUGCCUGGAACGGUGCUCUUUCAAGGCAGUAUCGGAGAUCGAAAAGACGAUCCGAUCAGUGGAACGGGAGCGUCGCGACGCGCGGUAUUCGUCUCACACGAUCGCCAUCAAACGACUGCCAUUAUUAUCAUUCGCAUAUAUUCAACUUGCCAGAGCGUGAGGAUCAAUUAAACCUAGUGUCAGUUUUCAUUUGUCGACUCUCACGAACACUGUCCACCCUUGUAAAUACAAGCACACGACGCUGUCAGAGGAUGCCGAGCGGAGAAUGAGGAGGAUCGAUGGCGAUUGGCAGCGACGGCGGGCAUUUGCCAUGUGGGAAAAGUGCGCUUAAACGCGACAGGAAGGGCAAAACUGUGCGGACGGUCGGCGAUACGGUUCCUAUCCUUUCGUUUCUCGUAGCUGGGAGCAAGGAUCCAGACCCCAGACCGUUCUUCGGCAGAAUGAAACGACGACGAGCGUGUGCUGCUCGUCGAUGAUCGAAACGCGGCUCGAAUCGAGGCGUCCGUCCGCGAAGCAACCCGUUAGAAACCGGAAAUCAAUCCUCCUGUUUCCUUAGAUCUGUGAUACGAACGAGACGAAGCGAUCCAUCGAGUGGCGAGGUUGCACGGUAACGCGAUAACGGAGACCGGGACGAAAGAGAAGAUUAGGUAUUGUGUACGGACGAGCAUCAGCGUAGUUUUAACGAGCCAGAAAACGAGUCACGCCUGGAACACUGUGCUCGUCUAUAUGUGUAUAUCGAUUAUCGCUGUCGAAGAGAUAGAGAGGAGAGGAGAAUGAUAGAAAGGAGAGAAUGAAACACGCCACGUCGACGCGUUUUCGAACGUCACGCAGGUUACACAUGAGAUUAUUUCACGGCUAUUUAGAAUCGCAACCUUUAGAUUCUUAACUCUUUUUUUUUCUAUCAUCAAUCAUCGAUUUCGCGAUGUGCACCGUUGCUUGUCUUCGAUUCCCAUGAAUAUUCGCGUUCAACCGUCUACCCACUGCAUUUAUCUUUCUUUUUGUUCUUCUGUUUCUUAGACCAUCGAUCGAUGCUUCUAUUCCUUGUCUCGUAGGUUAACGUGUCGAGACUCUUUUGCAGCGAUUCGUUUGCAAUGGAACGUCUUUAAACCGAGUCGCAAUUUGAAGUUUACACGAGCUUUGAAAUCAAUGCUAUGAUUAAAAUUUCUUAAAUAUUUUUAGAAAUGAAAAUUUCACCACAGCAACUAUAUGGAGAAUGGAAACUUUUACAUACCCUUAAUGAUAGUUAGAUUUCUAAAAUGAAAUCGAUACACGAAAAAUUCGGAUUUCAAUUUUAUUUUUCAUUUACAUUUGGAAUUCGAUACACGGUUCGAUUUAAAGGUGUUCCCAUGUGUUUGGCUGUGAUGGAGCUCGUGUUCACGGACAUCCUACACAUCCCACGAUACCGCCGUUAUCAUUAUCAACGUCGAGAAUUUUGAAGGUGCUACACAGGUGUGUGCUAAAAAUCGGUAAGGCCUGUAAAUUGUAAAACCUACUUUACUCUCAGAUCAAACUUAGACAGAAUUCAGUUAAGACAUACCUACAUACGCAAGUAUGUACCAUACGAAUCCAUCCUCGCCAGAUGCACAUUCGGGCGGGAAACCCUUUCAUAUAUACCUCGGAGCCUAGAAUAGAUUAAUUCCUGGUUUGCUCAUGAAUUUUCGCCAGAUCGGAUCGGGUCUCGAUCCAGCGAAAUCGUGGAGCAAACUAACGUGAAUCGCGGAUCAAUCGGACAGACGAUCGAUUAGAGACAAUUUCAAUAUCGACGAGCAUCGUCAAGAAUUUAUAAUCGUGACACGGAUAUAGAGGGUCAUUUAAAAAAAAGGGGUUAAAACUUAGGAUUUGUAAUAUUUACUAAUGGGGCUAGUGAAUAAAAUACUUGUAAUUUUUAUAUUUUACAAUUUUAACGAUAUUAAUGAUAAUAUUUUUAAUCAAUCAUUUUAUUUCUAUUACAUUUAUUAUUUUACAAAAAGAAUGAUUUACGAUAUUGACCUUAGAAUUUAUAUUAAUUAAAUUUGCUUAUAUUAACUUAUAAACUUAAUUAUAUUAAUUAAAGUUGAAAUUAAAUUUUCAUCCCUUUCUGUAAGUACUUCAAUCCACGGAGUCUUCGACCCUUUUUUCAAACACCCUGUACAAUUCCGAGCAGCGUAUAGCUCGACAAAACAAAUAUCGUCUAACAUACACGUUUUUCUUCGAUCAAGAAUGUUAUUGUCUUGUUCAGACGUUUACUCUAAGUUUCACCGUAUCGCGACUAGUGUCGGCGUUCCCUGUGUUUCGUUUCACUUCCGGUUCGGGAACGUCUGCGUGUACAUAGGAUGGUCAUAGUGCAUGGUAUUUUUAUAAAAAAUUCUCUCUUCGGAAUGACGCAACCGUAGAUGCGAGGAAUAUAAUGUUCCUUGCUCUCCGUGACUGCUUUUCUUUCUCAUCUUUCUUUUAAUCUUUUAUAAUUUAUCGUAUACGCAUAGAAUUAGUUUUAUUUUAACUCGUAACGUAGAAGAUCGGUGAUCACGAUUGCUUCUACCAACGGAAAUGGAUGCUUACCGGUGCUGUAUUAAACAAUCCGUGGAACGGUCGCUGUUUCCUGAAUACCCAGUUCUCGUCGUCGUUGAUAUUAUAAAUACAAGUAUAGAAUAUUAAAACCUAGAAACGUUAGAGGGAUCGCGAUACAUUUCAAACAGAUUGAUUUUAAGUUUAUUCUUCGAUGGCGGGGAACGACGAUCAGAACGAACAGGCGACGAUAUGAUAUGAAAAGAAGAAGUUUAAUAAAAACGCCGUGUCGGUGAUAGUUUUGCUCUUGCCCCUUAGUUUUGUACAUAAACGAAUGUUCGUAUUGUUGAGACGUUCGCGACGCGACCGUUCGUGGCCCGUGAGAUUAUUUUCCUCUGUCGCGAACAGUAUCGCGUGAUAUAAACAGCAAAACCGGAUGUCCGGAAAUCGCUCUCUCCCGGGCCGAUCGAGGUAGACUCGAGGCGCGCGAACUAUUAGUUAUUCUUGUACAGAGAUUCGGAACGCCGCGCUCGACGAUUUUCUGUUCUGUAUCUAUCGCGUCGCCGGCAUAUAAAAAGAAAAAAAAUAAUACAUAAUACAGUCGAUUAGUAAGAGAUUAAUCGUACGAAUGUGAGAUAGUAAUUAAGAACGAGUGGACGGAAUGAAAAUAAAAGGAUGACGGGGAUUCGCAUCAUUUCUUAAUUUUCUGUUUUGUAUAAAAAUGAAUUAUUAAUUACAGUAUCGUGUAUCCUUUUUAUUUUAUUAUUUGAUUGAUUCAUUUCUAUACGAAACAGUUGAUUAACAAAAUGAUGCGCUAUUCGAAUAUUAAUGUAACUGUACGUGUAAAUGAAAGCAGAAAGCGAGACCAUAGGUGUGUAAGAUUAAUUACAGUAAUCGGUAACUUAAUCCUCAAGUAUGUACUUAUUAUGAGCUUCAAAACAAGUAUUGAAUAGUAUUAUGUCGUAAGGUUAAGGAUUUAAUUUUUGAGUAAUAAUGACAUGGGGGGUGGCAUACCGGGAUUACCUUAGAAUAUACGCAUUCCGUGCAAGCGGAUCGACGUGAAUCGCAAUUAAAAAAUCACCAUCGAAUUCGUCGAAGAAUUUUUCUUCUUCGAGUCGUCGGGUUAAAUUUCUCGAUGAUCUACAUAUAUUAAAAUGAUAUGUCUAUAAAUAUGUAAAAUAAGAUACAGCUCAUUAAUUUUAAUAAUCCUUAUAAAGGUCAAUAUCCGAUGAGAGAUAAUAUGAAUUGUAAUUAUUAUUUUUUUAAUAACAGAUACAAUAUUUCAUGUAGAUCUUCAUAACUAAAUCUAAGUUCAUAAAAUUAUCCAGAAUUAUCUAAAAUUAUCCAUUGACAUUUAGGAAAGUUAUUGAAAUCGAUGAAGUGCAUCCUAUUUUGCAUAAUUACCGAUUCAGGUCGAUUCUCGUGGUACGGAACACGUUCGUGACGAUUGAAAUCACUUCUACCGGUUGUUCAAGCAUAUUCCAAACAAAGUAAUCGUCGUGUGCUUGAACGUAACCGAGCAGAAAGGUUGGAGGAUCGUUGAACGAAGUGAGAAUGAGAGAGACUGAAUACGGAUGCGCGUGUGUCUUGACGGAAAGAUACGUAAAGAAGUAACCUAUAUCUAUAUCGUGUGUCUGAGAAGAAGUUAUUAAAAGGAGAAGAGAAGGAAUAAGAAAAAACAAAAAGAACGAACAAAAUAUAAUAUAAAGAUAAAGGAGGACAAGGUCACAGAUAAAAUAAUGGAUCUUGAGCCCAAGAGUCCCUCGUGUACGCGUCGAUGGUCUGCAACGAAACGACUCAAGAGAAAUCGAUUAAUCGAACGCCAAUUAAUAAAGGUCUUAUGUGACUGUUCGCACCCUCGACGAAUGCACGUACAGGCUCUGUCGAGUACGAGUCGGCGUGAUCACGGAAAGCAAUCUAAGAUGAACCUAACGUUGUUAGAUAUAUUAUUUGUAAGACUAUCGGAGUACUGUAUAUUGCGCUAACACGAUGGCGAUUGCGGAACCGGAAAACGGUGAUUAACCCAUUGACGACAUUAAAUAUUAUUACGUCCUUCGCGACUGACCUCCGAUGCAGUAUCUGAGCAAUAUCUGAGCAAGAAAUUAAAUUUUCUAAAUUUUAUCCUAUUUAUUUAAAUAUGGAAAACUUUCCUUUAGAAAUUUCGAAGUCAUAUUAUAUAUAUAUUUUCACGUUUCAUAGAUCUGGGUCACAAUUGACCCGACUACGGUGGUUCCAGGGCAGUCAAUUUGUAUCAAAGGACGAUCGUCAGUGAGUUAAGCUGACGAGAUUGGAAUGUAGCGAUCUUGAAUGGUGACACGAGUGUCGUUCGUAAAUCAAUCAAACGGAAGGCAUACACGAAUCUGCGUAUCCGCAUGGAAAUACGACAGUCUAGGAACGGUUGGGGGACCAUCGUGUACGUGUAACUCCGAUCAAUUCGAUUCCGCUUUGACGAUCGUGUUAGACACUGUAGGUUAUAGAUCGAUUUAGCGUAUGAGAAGACAGUUACUCGAGGCAAUGAGAGAACGAGAGAAUGGCGAGGAGACAUAGGAAGAAAGAGAACGCCCUAAAUGAAAAAAAAAAAAACACUUAACUACGAUGACUUAUUACUACGAUAUAAGGAGGGAGAGUAGGGUAGCCGAUAACGACUAAUUCAAAAUAUAUCAUUAGGACUAGCCGACGACUGUCUUAGGUUCUCUAGAUUUUUCUGUACGGGAUCGAGUUUUUUUUUCAUUUUCUGGUGAACAUGGGUGGGGGGGAGAUGGGGUGAUCUACAGAAAACGACAUUUUUAACCCGCUUCUUUGUAACUCUCACGCUUGUCCAUUCCCUUUUCAUUUUUUCUAUAGAAUUUUCCAAUAAAACCUUCAAGAUUUUUGUUUCCGUAAUAAAAUAUGAAACAUUUUAAAAUAGAAAUUUUUUUUUAUUUUAUACAUCGACCUAUAUAAUCAGCACAGGGAUUUUUUACAAAAUUUUUAUCAUUAUCAUAAUCAUCAUCAAGAUCAUAAGUAAUGUUGUACAUUUGGGAAGCAGAUUAAUAAUAUUUUAAAGGUAAUAUUGGAAAAUCCUGUAACGCGUUCCCUUUUAAUAUCGUUUUAACGACAAUCCUCAUCGUGAUGGAGAAAUUUUGAUAAUGAGAGAGAGAGAUAUAUAUAAAAGUUGUAUGUAUGCACGCAUGAAAGAGAGAAAGCGAGAUGAAUCAUUUCGAAAUUCCUUUAACGUUAUUACCAUUGUGUCGUCAUUGCCGUCGAGUUUUAUUCCGCCCUUUGUUCAUCCUGCCACUUUUGUAUCUCUUUUUUUACCUUUCGUUGGUCUUUUCCCUUUAUAUUAUGCUCGUCCUUCUCGACUACAGUGAUCAAGGGUAGAAAAUAGGGUCGGAUGAAAGGUACACCGUGAAUCCGAGGAUCUAUUUUACUUUACGAUCGAGGAAAUUUUGCCUCGAAUCAAAAGAGGCGUGGUUUACGCUUCGAUAAUUCUUUCUAUUUCGUCGAAUCAUCGAAAUCGAUCCUUUGUUGAUGUUCCAUUGAAAUAUUCCGUUUGAACAGCAGUAGUUUAUGUAACACGGUUAAAGAGGCAUUUCCUUUCUUCCCCUUUUUAGCAUAACAAUAGAAUUCUUUCAGGAACUGAAAUUGAUUUUAUCAAAUUUGAUCGGUGAUUAGAUUGGUUUUUAUAUGGAUCCACGGUGUACUUGUCUCGACGUCGAGAAACUCACACGUAUCAUCGAUCAUCAUCGUUGAACACACGACUGUAGACACAUUUAUUUAGUUCGAACAACUUCGUACGGUAAGAGACCCUUUAGAUAUUCACCUAAUACCUAAACCUAAACAUCCAAUCGCUAUUUUUAUCAAAACAAAAAAAAAACAUGUUAAAAAUCUUUAAUAGUUAUCCAUUGUUCACUAUUGCUAUAAUAAAGUUUUGCUUUAAUAAACGAUGGAUUCGUACGUGUUA